AUGCCAGAUAAGUAUGGACCAUUAUUCUCUGAUGAGAAUAUACCACAUCCUCCCUCUUCAUCUGCUCAACCAGAUGCUCAUCCAACCUCUGGUCCUUCUCAGCAAGGGCCAGUUAUAAAAUCUGCUCAAACCUUAAACUCUGGUCCUUCCCAAAAAGGGCCAGUUGAAACAACUUCACCAAAAAGGGUUCUCAGAUCUUCAAAGUCUCCAAGUAAACCAUCUCCUCCUCCAAGAAAAAGAAGAUUCUUGCAGAAUAUAUUAGACUCUGACUCUGAUGAAGCACCUCCACCUCCUCCACCAGCUAAGAAACAAAGGAAGAAGAUCAAGCCCACUAAUAUAACUGACCUGACUGUUGAGCCACCUCAGUCAGAGGAUCCCAUACAGGCCUUGAUCCCAUUCUCUGAUCAACCUUCAAGUGCAGAGCCAGUCCUGAUUGAACCUAUCUCUGCAGUUCCACUUGAUACAAUGGCAGCUGACAUUCAAAUGUCAGAAUCAAUAUCUGCAUGUAAUGAUCAACCAGCAGUGGCCAAAUCAGAUGAAGUGUUAAAGUUGAAUCAGGAAUCUCUGAUUCAACAUGAAGACAUCAAUGCAGCGGAUACCCAUGUGUCAGAUAAAACUCCUGAUAUUCCAAGCCAAUCAGAAGAUGCACAUAUAGAGGUUGUACUGCAAAUGAUUCAAGACUCUCUGAUUCAAACUGAGGCUAAUGUUGCAGCUCCUGUUCAGGAGGUUCCUAUAGCUGCAACGUCUGAUGCAGCUACAGAAGCUCUGGCAUCUCAUACUCUGAGUAUAUUUGUAAAUGAGGAUGAUGAUGAUGAUGAUGCAACAGAGGUCACCUCUGUUCCAAUUCAAGCUUCUGCUUCUCCAAUCUCUGAUCCAGUCAGAGAAUUAACUCCAGUCAAAAUUGAUUCUCCAGUACAGGCACUAUCACCAGUCAGAGACUCUACUCCUACUCCAGUUCUUGCAUCUCCAAUCCAACAUCCCAUUUCUGCACAGAGAAAAGUCUGUCCAAUGUCAUAUUUCAAGAGGAUGUUCAGAGCUCCACCUCCAUCUGUGGAAGACAGACUGGCCUCCAUUGAGGCCACCCAAACAUCAAUGCAGCAUACUCUGGCUGAUUUUAGCUCCUCUAUAGCUCAGCUGGUUCAAGUUCUUACCUCUGCUGAUGUCAAAAAGGGGGAGAAGAUAUCUAAAGACAAAUGCAAAUCUGACCAGCAAAUGACAAAAAAAAAAGCCAGAUGGAGAUGA